AUGGGGCAAUCUCAGACAUCGGCAUGUAAAGACUUCAUUCCCGAUACAAUUGACACAAUUCAAUUCCAAAUUAAAAAGCAUUCAAAGAUUUUUUCCGACUUUAACGACUUAACAUAUGAAAAUUUUAAGGAGAGCAUAGAUGAGUUGAAUGAAUUAUCUAGAAAAUGUAUUGAUAAGGAUGGCAAUCAAUUGGUAUUUGCGAUAAACAAAGGCUCUGAUCAGUUCCAUUUUUUGUGGAAAGCGACGAUUAAAAUUGCGUGCGUUUCAAUCAAUCCAGAAUCUAGGAAAAUAUCAAACAUAAAGAUGAUAAAUCUCAAACAGUUCCUUCACAUUUUUAAUACAAUGGUCACUAAUCUCGAAGCUAUUGAGGCUAUAGAAGAACGACAACGAUCAGCUAGUUCCAGUCCGGCAAAUUUCUAUCCAUCCAGCAUAUUCAAUCAGCUCGACAGUGACCCAAAGUUCACAUUCGAUGAAUCUGAUGAUGACUAUCUUGAUGAAUGUAUAAUUUGUCUAGAACGAAAGCCUGAUGUCAUUCUGUCAUGCCUUCAUAGUUUCUGUGCACCAUGUAUAGAACAAUGGAAUGAAGGCAAAAAGAAUUGCCCAAUUUGUGACGAUAAGCUACAAAGUACAAAGGAUUCUUGGGUACAGUUGGAAAUUCCUGGUGCUGACGAAAUAACAGAAGAGAUUAUGAAUCAGAUGCAGAAAAUAACGACUGAUUGCAAGUAA